AUGAAAUCGUGUAACUUUGCUUGUCUUUUUGAUAUUGAUGGUGUCAUUACAAAAGGCCCAAAUUUUAUAACGGUUGCAAAACCAGCUAUUCACAAAUUGAUUCAAUUGAAUAUACCUGUUAUUUUUGUUUCAAAUACAUGUGCAGUGGAAUCGGAGAAAGCCAAACAAUUAUCAGCCAUGCUUGGAAUUACUAUUAAUCCGGAACAAGUUGUUCUGGCUCAAUCACCAAUGCGUACUUUAACUCAAUAUCAUAACAAACAUGUUUUGAUAUCUGGACAAGGUCCUACAGAAGAAAUUGGUGAAAUGCUUGGCUUUAAAAGUAUAACAACAGUUGAAAAAGUUUGUGAUGCAUUUCCAGAAUUAGAUAUGGUCAAUCAUAUGAAUCGCGCUAAAUUUAGUGAAAUGAUAAAAACACAAAGUCUUGUUCGUGAUACAAGUUUUCGUCCAAUUGAUGCUAUUGUUUUGCUUGGUGAACCUAUCAGUUGGGAAAGUUCAUUACAAGUUAUUACUGAUCUUCUUUUAACUGAUGGUAAUCCAGCUGUGGUCCCUAUUGAUCCAACAAUUGAUCGUACUCAUAUUCCGGUUAUUGCUUGUAAUAGAGAUUUAGUUUUCAAAGCUGCUGCUGAUUUACCACGUUUUGGUCAUGGAGCUUUUCUUACAUGUUUAGAAGCAUUGUAUAAAAAUCUUAGUGGAUAUGAUCUGAUAUAUAAAGCAUUUGUUGGUAAGCCAUUUGAAAUCUCAUUUCAAUAUGCUGAAAUCAUGGCUAAUAAAUUUGCUCUUGCGAAUGGACAAUCAAAAAUUGAAAAAAUUUAUUUUGUUGGUGAUAAUCCUGAUGUAGAUAUUGUCGGUGCAAACAUGUAUAAUUCUUUAUUACAGCAAGAUAUCAAUGCUAGAAAAAGUAUUAGUGGUUAUGAUUUACUUACGGAUCCAACAUAUUUAACUGCAACAUCUUGUGAAUCAAUUUUAGUAUGUACAGGUGUUUAUGAUCCAAAUAAACAAACAGGUGAAGAAAAAGUACAUUGGAAAAUACCGUCAACAACUCAACUUGAUGUAUUAGAAGCUGUCAAAUAUGUUCUUAAAAAGGAAGGAAUUUCAUGGAAUUCAUAA